UAACAAAUGUCUUCUCAGCUUGCUAGCGUGGCUAACACUGGUCCAACCAUUAAACCUUAUUUCUUCUGCCUUCAUCCUCUCAAGUAAAAUACAGUUUAACACCUAAACUAUCAUUUAACUCCAAUCUCUAGAACAGACGGGCAUGGAGGUUUCAGAUGCUGUAGAGAACCAACAACAUCAAUCAGCUCUGCCGCAAAGGAUCCAAGAAGCAGAACCAGCAGGGCCACCUCAUGAAGCUUUGUACCUUGUCUUAACUUACCUUCCUUCUUUGUUUGAGAUUCUUUCCAUGAGUGAAGUUUGCAGGUCAUUGAGGGAUGCUCUUAACACAGAUGAGCUGGCAUGGUGGAAUAUCAUCAUUGAAAGCCCUCUGAAUCUGAUACUUUCUGAAGACUUCUUGACGAGAAUCACCUCCAAGGCAAAGGGUGGAGUGAGAACCUUGGCUUUGCUCAAUUGUGGAAAGAUUACAGAUGAUGGGCUUCAACAAGUUCUAGUGAAAAACUCUCUUAUCACCAAGCUAUAUAUACCAUGGUGCACCGGCUUGACCCCCGACGGAGUCGUUAAGGCUGUGAAGACACUAACAUGUUUAAAGAGUUUGAGCAUUAAUGGCAUCUACAAUGUGAAGAAGGAACACCUGGAAAUGCUUCACUCUUGUCUUUGCCCAAACCCAUUCCAGCAGGAGCUGCCGCCCAUCUUAUAUCAUGAGUUUAGAAAUGAGAACUUGCAAGCAUUCAGUAAUAGAAAGAUUGAUCGAGCGAUUGAUGUCGAAGUCUGCCCAAAAUGCGAUGAUGUGAGGAUGGUAUUUGAUUGCCCAAGAGAGACCUGCAGGCGGACGAGGGAGAGGUCUGUCGGUCAAUGUAGGGGAUGUCAGAUUUGCAUUUCAAGGUGUGAAGAGUGUGGGAGGUGUGUGCAGUCUGAUGAACUUGAAGAUGCUGUUUGUGCAGAUGUUCUAUGUUCAGAUUGUUGGCUGCAGCUUCCUAAAUGUAGUUUCUGCAACAGGCCCUACUGCAAGAGCCACACCAACCUGAUGCGCAAUUCAAGCUCCUCCCAGAUUAUCUGUGACGACUGUGACAAUGCUUGUGAAAUAAGGACGUGUUAUGACUAGGGCAUAUGAUUUACCCAACUUGAAUUAUUUUAUGAUGAUCCAGAUUCAAAGAAAUGGUUUGCCAGUGUUUAUUUUCA